GCGUGGCGAUUGGUGCUUGUGCAAGAUGUGUGUUUCGAAGGUUAUGCCGUUACUGCUGGUUUUGUUCCUUUCUCUAACAAGUCGCGGCGACAAUCAUCACAACGUCAAUAGUAGGAAUGAAUCAAGUUUUGCAUACGAGCUGAUUGCAAAACAAAUGGAGUACCUGGAGCAAAAGCUGGACGAAAUGGAAUCCACCAUGAAGGAGGAUCGGAAGCUCAUCGAUCUCCAAACUCGGUCGAACAGAGCGCUUACUGAAGCACUUAACGCCAAUAACACACACAUGAGGAAGGAAAUGCAACUGCUAGCAUCAAAGAAUGAUCUUGCUCGGUAUAUGACCAUUUCUGGCUUAGAUUUUCAAAGUAUUUCGUUUGAAUCGUGCAAGGAAAAUCUAUCGAAACGAUCGGGCAAAUACCUAAUACAACCUACCGAGAAUGAUGAACCAUUUCUGGGAUAUUGCGCACAGACUGCCUUCGGAGGAGGAUGGCUAGUGAUCCAAUAUCGUUACGAUGGAUCGGUGGACUUUUUCCGCAACUGGACCGAGUAUAGGAACGGGUUCGGAAGUAUGUAUAGAGAGUUUUGGCUCGGGCUGGAGCAUUUGCAUCGCGUGACAACAGCCCGAAAGCACGAGCUGAUGGUGGAGCUGAAAGACUUCGAUGGAAACUACAUAUACGCACGGUACGAUGAGUUCGCGAUUGGCAGUGAGGAUGAACAAUAUCCACUAACGAAGCUUGGAUCGUACACGGGAACGGCAGGAGAUGCAUUGAAUUACCACAAGGAUAUGAAGUUUUCAACGGUGGAUCGGGAUAAUGACGUUUCAACUACACACUGUGCUAGAUAUUGGAAGGGCGCUUGGUGGUACAAAGGAUGUCAUAAUUCAAAUCUGAAUGGAAUCUACAAAAACAGCGUGGAAGGAGAAAAUAUUGUUUGGAACACAUACAAAAGAUACUGGGGAUUGGCAUACUCAAGAAUGAUGAUCCGUGAAACCAAAUGAGAUUCUUUUGGUAAUAAAAGAAAGUAAUGGUACA